GAAUUUUUUCGAGUAAACAGUUUGAUGUGAGAUGAAGAGUAGGGUGUAUGCUUGCUGAUUCGCUUCUCAGCAGAGUAACAUGGGCCGGUCUCUGCUGGCUGUGGCCAUUGCCAUUGCUUGUGUGCGAGUUCCUGUUAUGUAACCACUUUGCAGCUCAGCUUAGAAGCCCGCACUCCGCACUGCUUCGAGUUUCUCACCAGUCGAUCAAAAACACGGUGAAUAGCGCGGUUGUGCCCUGUGUCUUCUACGUGUUUCCAUCCCCGAUACGUGGUGCCAGUCUGCGAAUUUUCGUGUUUUAUAUACCAGUGUAUUUUAAGAACUCAAAUAGGUGCGUGUGAAUUUGAAAAUAACACGUUGUGCAUCGAUAACUACAGUAAUAUGAGAAUUGCUGUUAGGGCCGACCUCCUAGUGAACGUUACAUAACCGGCGGAUUUUCUUACUCUCAAUCAACACAGGUUCCCUGGAGAAGCAUCUUCCACUGUAUAUUUUCUUCCAGUGUAUAUUUUAUUGAUAACCCACCGUAUAGAAGAGUAAUAGUAACUGUUUCUACCAUUUUUAGAUCUUGUAUUUAAGUUAUUAUUGACAUAGCCUGCUCCUGCAAAAUAGAAAAUAGGCUUCAUAGUGAGUUCUUUUUUAAUUUUAUCAUUGCAGUUAGAAAAUCCAAAAUAGAUCUAUUACAAUUAUUAUUAGAUUUCACAUCAAUUGAAUAAUAAAUAUCCUGAAUUAUCAAGUAUAUAAUUGAAUGUAAUUUAUAUAGAAAACUGCUGCUGAAUAAAUAUUCAUUUCUCAAGUAAUAUUUUAAUAGGUAAGCUAUUCCUCAUCAAAUACAUUUUUUAAAUUAAUCUUUUGAGAAGUUCUUCGUUUUUGAAUACACAUUGGAACUCACUAAACCUUCAAGACCCCGUAAAUUUAUUCAGGCUUAUUCUCAAUAGCUGAUUUGGAAAAAUGAAUAGAUUGACUUCAAUGUCACAGUCACGUACAAGUGGGAAUGUCUGAAAGUUCCAAGCCCAGUAAAUCUUAUUGCGAAUUAAACGACAUAAAGUUGAAAACAAAUUCACUUGAUAGGAAAAACAAAACAAAACUUUCGUCUUUGAUCAGAUUCAGUUUAAAAAGGACAUUCAGUAUGAGUUCGAAGAAUAAGGAGGUUGAGAAAGGGGGAGAGGAUGAACCGGUAACUAGUACAACAACGACGACAGCAAAGAAAGGCGGCAAGAAGGGGAAGAAGAAUGCUUUGACAAAAACUAAGACGAUUGGGAAGUCGGAGGCAGGCGAAGGUAGUCCGGAGAACAAGGGCUCUUCGUCGAAGGCGGCAUCGAUGGUGCGCCGCUUGAGCUUAGAUAAGAUCGUUCCGAAGCUGAAGGGAAAGUCGAGAGAGGAGAACGGCGACGGUCGGAGGUCGACGACGCCUGACAUCAAGGAGCAGACGGCGGCUGCAGUCGAUCUGCGGCAGGAGCUGGAGGAGGCGGAGAAGAAGCGUCGCGACGACCUGUCUGUACCAAAGACGUCGGAGGAGUCAGGUGACCUGAGCGGCGACGACUACAGGACGCCGGUGUGUCAGUCUCCGGAAGGCUCCGUGUCUGACGGUCGGCCUCCACCUGACAGUGCCGGCUCCGAGGCCUCAUUCGAGUCAGCCAUACAAACGUCCAAGUCGAGUCCCGAGUCAGUCAGGAUGGAGCGAUCCGUCAGCGACACCGAAACCAUCACCCCGACCGACAACCUGCUGGAUCCGUUGACUGACGCGUCGUAUCCCGUCGACCCCAAACUAAAUCAAAACUCAGUGACCGAGAAACCUGCAGCGACGGUCACAUCGAAACCCUCCUCCACUCAGUCAAAGGAUAGACCGAAACUAGAAAAGUCGCCAUCUAUUAGGAAUUCAGAGACUCAACAAGCACUGAGCGAUAGAAGAGAGUCACUGUUCAAAAUUCUUGUGAUUGGUGAGCUAGGAGCUGGUAAAACAAGCAUCAUCAAGCGCUAUGUUCACGAAUUCUUCUCACAGAACUACAGAGCAACAAUCGGCGUUGAUUUCGCUCUCAAAGUUCUCAACUGGGAUCAAAACACUGUCGUCAGACUACAGCUAUGGGAUAUUGCAGGACAGGAAAGAUUCGGUAACAUGACGAGAGUCUACUACAAAGAGGCUGUUGGUGCUUUGAUUGUGUUCGAUGUGACGAGAGCGGCGACUUUCGAUGCCGUUCUCAAGUGGAAGCAGGAUCUCGAUUCAAAAGUCCAGCUUCCAGACGGUAGUCCAAUACCUUGUAUAUUACUAGCAAAUAAGUGUGACCAGCCAAAAGAGGGAAUAGUGAACGACAAAGAGAAAAUGAAUGAGUACUGCAAGCAAAACAAUUUUUCUGAUUGGUUUGAAACGUCAGCUAAAGAAAAUAUCAAUAUUGAUAAUGCAGCCAAGUGUUUAGUUGAAAAGAUUCUUCAAAACGAGAAAUUCAACCAGAAAGGCGAUUCACAAAAGGAUGGGAACAGAGUGUCCCUUGGUGGUAGGGGCCAAGCUGAACUACAGGAUGGCAAAAAGAAGUUCUGUUGUUGAAAAUUUGUUGAACUCUUGCGCCUGAUGUAGGCCUACUAUUCCAACCGCUGUUUUUACAAUAAUUUUAAUAAUGAGUGACUCCAUCAUCAUCAGACUCGUGAUUGAUUCACAUCGUGUGGGGCAUCCGGGUUCAGAACCUUGGAGAUGCAAACUCUAGUUUAAUUCAAUUUCAGAUUUUAAAACGCCUCAUGAUACAUGCUAUGAUAAUGUGGAGAGUAUUUCCUUUCAGGAGUCAAUUCAGCAACUGCAUUUUAUUACAAAAAAGUAUUAUACAAUAAUAUUUCCGGGAUUAUCUUAUCAGUCAGAAAAUUUCCCGCAUUCAAGUCAAAAUUUUAAACUCGUGACCAAGUUCUAGAAAAAAUGUAAAUUAAUUAUAUAUAUAUGAGUUUCGUAACAUUAUAAAUGUAUAGUUUUUAAAAUAAAUGUUGUAAGUUCUAUGAUAAAGCAAGUAUGCAUAUUUUUUCAUUUGGGUACAUAGCUUUAUACAAAAUCUUCCGAAUCCAUAAUCAAAAAUAUUCUCGAUAAUUUUUUUAAUCGAGAUCAACAUAAUUGAAAUCAUGAAGCUAAUGAGCUUACUCAUCAUAAGAUGAAUUAUUCCAUCAUAAAUUUUAUCAGAGACUAAUGCUCCACAUCAUGUGCCAUGAAAGAUAUAUAUAUAUCGUAUAUUGUUGAUCAUAUUUAUAUCAUUUGUGUAGACAUCUAGGAUUUUAAAAUUUUAUAUUUAUGUAUCAAAGAAAUAAAUAAUUCAAUUUGUUAAACUC